AUGGGCGAUAGAGUAGAAGUGAAUCUGUCGAGCAGUCUUAAGAAGAGCGCAGGUCAGUGGGAUUGGCCACUGAACCGUAACGACGGUAUCGUUGAGGUGAUCAACACCGACGAUAAAUUCGAAGUGGUGCUCGAAGCCGCUUUCUUCCAACCCAAAGAGAUUGAGGUGAAAGUAAUCGGUGAUCAGUUGGUGGUUCGUUGUUACCACGAAGAGCACACACAGCAAUUCGGCGAGGUGAAGCGAGAGGUGAAUCGAUGUUACAAUCUUCCAGCUGAUGUCGAUAAGAAGACCAUCAAAUCGAACCUCACCUCCAGAGGCCAUCUUGUCAUCACAGCCAGCAAAACCAAAUAA